AUGAAUGAUCCGAAGGAUUUCUUAAUGGCAAUUCAAAAUACAGGUUUCUCUGAUCUGUAUUUAAAAAUUGAUACCUUUCACAAAAUACUUCAUAAAACAUCAAAUCUUUUAAGUAAUGAAGUUCAUUCUAAUAAAUCAAAACAUGUUGUUAAAAGUGGUUCGCCAAAUUUGAGGCCUGAUUUAUUCAGAAAUGUUGAAAAUAUCCUGAUUUCAUUUAUUGGGAGACCGAGCUUCAAUUUUAUUGAAAAUCUACUAGCAACCUACAAUAAUGUACCGAUAUCUUCAAACCAAAUUAACUUUGUUUACCAACAUCAUUUCAACCCAAUCAUCUCGUUGAGAUCAUACUUAGAUAUUCCACCAAUCGAUGUUUAUCUUGAUCCUGUUUCCUUACGUGAGGGUAUUAUAAAAGAGAUUGACCCUACAUCAUCAAAAGUUUAUAACGCAUUGAGGUUACAAGAUUCUGGUGUUGUUCCUGUUUGUACAGACGUUGCCAUUGUGAACCCAGAAACCUUAAUGCCUUGUGUCGAAGGAGAAAUAGGUGAAAUUUGGUGUUGCUCAGAAGCCAAUGUGUUUGACUAUUCAAUUUUUAACUCCAAAAAAAAAUCUAAGAAAGAUUCUUUUAUAACUGAGCAGUUCCAGAGUAAAUUUAACAAAGAAUAUGAAAAUGGAUUAACUUACCUCAGAACUGGUGAUCUUGGUUUUAUCAGAAAUAUUCAAAGAAUCAACAGUGAGGGUGAUCUAAUCAGUUUGAAUUUAUUGUAUGUACUAGGUAGCAUCAGUGAGACCAUUGAAAUACUGGGAUUAACACAUUUUGUGUUUGACUUAGAAAAAACAAUCAAAUCUACAAAUAAUGCUAUUCGUAACUGUUUAAUUGCUAAAGCUGGAGGAUUAUUAGUUUGCCUAGUUCAAACAAAUUCAGAAAUGACUGAGAAAUAUGGUAACUUGACAGCUUUGAUGGUAUCUGAACUAAUGAACAACCAUGGUGUAAUUCUUGACUUAGUUUCCUUUGUUAGUCUCAAUGCAUCUAUCAUAUUAAAAAAAUAUGAUAUGUGGAGUUUAAACAGGUUAUUUAUUAUAAAAGAUUGGUUUAAUGGUGAUAUUAAAAUCGACGCUCAAUUCGCUAUCAAUUAUGGUGAAAAUAUUUCAAUGUAUCUAUUAUCUGAAUUUGAUAAAGAUACACAAUAA